AUGCACAAGGGAUACACAGAUAAAAGGAUCAUCUGGCCAAUACGCCAGCUGAAACACCAGUUCCACUUAGAUAGGCCGGCUAACCGGAGGCUGUUCGAUGAGUCAUCUCCAUCGUCCUCGAGUGGCACUUCGUCCAAGGAACCUUCAGCGAAUUCCUUGGAGAGUCCCGACAUUUCCGAGCGUGCUGAAGAACCAAAAGUUAGCAAGAACGAUACAGCCCUAGAAUACCAGGUGGCCAACGUCACAGUGUCGGUAUAUCAUCCUACAGACAAGAAAGAAAUAAUGCUAAAUCGACUGGAGAUCCAAUUAAAAAAACGUAUAGAUUUAAGUGUCGGGGAUAGGAGAUUCAAAACUAGCCGACAAACGAUGCAGGACGACCCAAGUUCCAUUUUGUCAGCCAUGGUGGCCAAGGACUUAUGUUCUCGGAGCAAUGAUACCAAAACAUUUUUUCUGGACAGGAACCCUCGGUACUUUGAUUGCAUAUUAGAUUACUUGAGAUCAUCUACUUACAACUCUAAAAUCCUUCCUUAUGACAAGUGUAUUCUUAGACAGAUUCAUGAGAAGGCAACAUAUAACAGGCUAACCGGCCUUGUCCAUGCCGUUGAAGAAAGGGUUAAGGGAAAGGCUGUUCCUCUUCAGCCUGGUUUAUGGGACGACUGA